UUUGUUUAACGUCGACCUAAUCUACUGUGCAAAUGAGUCGAGCUUGUGCUAACAGUCGUUUAUACCGUCAUUCAUAUUUGAAGAGAGUCCCGCGAGGGAGACAUUCGACUGAACACUACGAAACGACAACUACCGAAAAGUGCCUCCAGUUCGAAAUUAGAUGCAACUUGAAACAGUUUGUUUAUAACAUGUGGCAAUGGCGUUUAACAUGCAAAAAAACAACAUUCUUCGUUUAUUGCUUCUGGUGCUCGCGUCAUUACCGUUGAUAACGUCGACUAAUAUCGACUGUAAGGGAAACGCCUUUCAUUGUGUGAAUUCGACCCAUUUUAUGAUAUGCGUCGACAUUGGUCAUGGACUAUCAAGCACUGUAGAUGAUUUUAUGAUACCAUGCCCGAUGAAUACCGAAUGUCGAAUAACUAACAGAUUUGAGUGCGAGUAUCCUCCGAUUCCAUCGACAACGACUUUGGCGUCAACAACUGUUGAAAUAAUGGAUUUGGCUACAACUGUUGAUCAAAUGGAAACGGCUUUGUUCUCAGAAGUUAAAAAUGUUGAACACUCGACUACUGUGAGUCCCAGUACAGAAAUAAAUGAUUUAAAGGAUAGCGUAACUACCGAACAAAUAGGCACAAGCAUAAUACCCGAAUCGACUCAAAAAAUAUCAGAAGAUGUUAUGGAUCAAACUAUGAGUCCUCAAAUGAAUAAAAUUUAUACUGAAAAGGAUAUAAAGUUAUCAACAACUACAUCUGAUAAUGGUGUAGAUGUAUUUACGACAGUCGAUCCAAUUUCUAUAACAACAUCCGAUACAACUUUCACGGAGCCAGUUACACAAAUAGUUGAAAUAACACAAAUGAUUGAUGAUUCACUAACAUAUUCGAGUCAACAUGAUACGACGUCGAUAAGCGUUGUAUCAGAUGAAAGCUUAAAGGAUUCUAUAAGUAAAGAUAAAGAUAACGUAUUUGUAGAUGUGUUAACAAAGUAUUCUUCAACUAGAGACAUUGAGGUGACAACUGAUGUUGGUUUUGCUCCUAUCGACUUAGCUUUUGCACCAAAUACUGAAUUAGAAGCAACGACUAACACUCUAGUUAAUGAUAUCUAUAAAAAUACUGAAGCGAUAAGUACAGGUACCAUGACCAUUAUUACAAAUGCCAUGGAAAAUACUUUGUACACUACCAAGGGAGACAUAAUAGAUAAUAGUGUCAAUGACACUGCAACGACAGAGAGUUUAGUAUUAUCCUCGGAAAUGGAAUUUUCGACCGAUAAUACUACUGCUGAUAUUCGAACGACGAUUUUCGACAUUUCAAAUAUGUCAUCUAAAAAUAGGGUUCCAGCUGAUUUAAAUGUUAUAGACUUCUCGACACCUUUAAUGAAUGACUUCAAUAGUGCAUCUACUAUGGACCCAAUGACUACCCAAGACCCAACAAUAUUGUUACCGUCAUAUACUGUACCAGCAAUAACAAAGAAAGAUAGUCUUGCAUUUUCAGUUAAAAAUGUUUUUUAUGGUAUGAUGGAAUCUACACAAACUGAAAACUUUAUUACUGAAGAGAAUACACAAGUAAAUGCUUUAGUAACUGAAAAUCACAUCUCAAAUACCCCAAGUGGAACAACAAUAAGUGAAUUACCUGUGAAUAUCGUAAGUGAAGAAUAUAUGGAACCAAGACGCUACGAUGGGAAUGAUUCAACCACUGAAUACACUGAAACGGCAUUUACAACAAAAUCAAUUUAUAAUAUUGUCGAUGAUAAAUCUCCUCAAAAUAUUACUAGCGAUAUGUCAACGACAAUAUUUGACGUUCAAAAUACUGAGAACACAUCACCUAAAAAUGUAGCACGAAAAGAUAAAAUUAAUACAGAUCCCUCUAAAAUUUUAAUGAAUAGUUUAUUUACUACAGAAUCAAUAACUACUCUAGACUUAACAACGACAGAGGCAGACAAUUUGCCAUUUUCAAGCAAAAAUGAUUUUUAUAGUACAGAGGCUACACAAGCUAGCGAAAUCGCGACUAAAGAAGGAACACAAGUAAAUAAAUUACUAAUUGAAAGCCAUAUAUUUCAUCACACAAAUGCUCCAAGUGCAACAACAAUAAUUAACGAACUACCAGUGACAAUUGUAGGUGAAGAUUUUACACAACAAGAAAACUACGAUGACGUAAUCACUGAAAAUCCUGAAAAAUCACUAUCGACAACAUCACUUUCUGAAGGAGUUACUCAAAAUGUUGAAGAAAUUAGCACAAAAACGACCGAAAACACAAACAUACCUAGUAUUAUUACUGCUGAUCAGGGGUUAAAACCAACCGAAGCAUUUGCUACGACUAUAUCUCAUUUAUUCGAGUCCCAUGACCAAGAUUUACAGACGACUGAGGGUCUUGUCAGUACAUUAACUAUUGAUUCACAAAGAUCUUUAGAACCCUCUAAUAUAUUGUCUAAUGGUUCUCAAGCUCAGAAUACUAAUGUAAAUUUAACGAAUAUUGACAAUGAAGUUGCUAUAACGUCAGACAUGGAUUUAUUGUUGCCCAUUGUAGCCAACGAUAUAGAAUCGGCCACCGAGUUCCUUAACCAAGUAGAAAUUAAUUUGAGUUUUUACAAUUCUAACUUAUCAAGAACUUUAGAAAAUUUGACAUUAUAUGAUCCAGCACAGGUUGAUCAAGACAAAGCAGAGGGAAAAGUUUCACAAACGAUUGAAAAACACAUGGAGGCAUCAUUAGCUGCUAAAGUAAAUACAAAUACUGAAAGUAUAAAAAGUGUAAACACUACUAGUGAUAGAGAAAACUUCACAGUAACUACUACUAAACUUGUCAGUUCUUCAAGUACAGAUGAAUCUAUAUCAAUAUACAAUAUGUUAAAAACAGAGGAGCCGGAAGAGAAACAAAUAGAUAAAAUAUUUACAUCAACAGUUGGCGAUAGACCUGAAGCAGAUAUUUCUAGUACAACUCUUACGUCGAUUUCAAAUGUCAAUUACGAUACUUCUUCAUUAGUAAUACCUCAAGUAACCAGCCAAGAAUUAGUAACAGAUCCUGUCAAUGACAAAUUGAGUUCAAAAAUACCAAAUAAGUUGUCUUCACUUUUGACUACAAAUAAUAUGCAAAUUGAAAAAGUUACAGAAAGUUUUAAAUCUACUUUAGUAUCAAGUGUUAUAAAUGAAGAAAUAAAUAUAAAUAUUGAUGAACGAAUUACGACUUCUAAGGCCCUAAUAGAAACUGACAGCAUAGGUAAUGAAGAAGGCAUUUUACGCAUAAAUAAUUUAGGCUUUACAACAGAAGACCAUACAACGGCUCAAACAACGAUUCAAAGUCUAUACGAUUAUACAAAAUAUUAUGAUAUGGUUUCCACAGAAAAUUAUGAAUCAAUUACAACUGAAAAUGAUAUUCAUACUACUAUGUAUGAGUCUUUGAAUUUUGGAAUGGUAAAGACAACCGAGUUAAAUGUAGAGAAGAAUAUUGGUACAAGCUCUACAAAACCUGUUCAUAAUAGUAAAAGUGAACAAGACUUUGAAUUCGAAGUAGGUAAACUAAUGGUUUCUACGACUAUGACAAGCACUCAAGUAGAACAAGUACGAAACAUAGCUAUUCCCUACACUACGACUGAAAAUAUGAUGGAAUAUGAGACAACUAUGGCAAGUACUCAAGAUAUCAAAACAGAACAAGUACGAAACAUAGUUAUUCCCUACACUACUACUGAAAAUAUAAUGGUAUAUGACGCAACUAUGACAACCACUCGAGAUAUCAAAACAGAACAAGUUCGAAACAUAGGUAUUCCCUACACUGCUACUGAAAAUAUAAUGGAAUAUAAUGCAACUAUGACAAACACUCAAGAUAUCCCAAUAGAACAAGUACGAAACCUAGUUAUUCCCUACACUAUGACUGAAAAUAUGAUGGAAUAUGAUGGAACUAUGACAAGCACUCAAGUUAUCCAAAAAGAACAAGUACGAAACAUAGCUAUUCCCUACACUACGACUGAAAAUAUGAUGGAAUAUGACGCAACUAUGACAAGCACUCAAGGUAUCCAAGUAGAACAAGUACGAAACAUAGCUAUUCCCUACACUACGACUGAAAAUAUGAUGGAAUAUGAGACAACUAUGGCAAGUACUCAAGAUAUCAAAACAGAACAAGUACGAAACAUAGUUAUUCCCUACACUAUGACUGAAAAUAUAAUGGAAUAUGACGCAACUAUGACAAGCACUCAAGGUAUCAAAACAGAACAAGUACGAAACAUAGUUAUUCCCUACACUACUACUGAAAAUAGAAUGGAAUAUGACGCAAUUAUAACAAGCACUCAAGAUAUCCAAAUAGAACAAGUACAAAACAUAGGUAUUCCCUACACUACUACUGAAAAUAUGAUGAAAUAUGACGCAACUAUGACAAGCACUCAAGAUAGCCAAAUAGAACAAGUACGAAGCAAGGUUAUUCCCUAUACUACUACUAAAGAUAUGGUGCAAUAUGAUGAAAAUAAUGGAAACUAUGCAAUUAACAUUCACGAAAAGACGUCUAGAGUUAAAUCAUCUCUUCAGUCUAUUAAUAAUAUUGAUACGAAUAUACUAUCCACUCCAUUCUUAACCACGACUGAUAAAACUAACGGCAAUAUUGAUAUGCUGGAAAAUGAAAAUACUGAAUAUUUAGAUUAUAAAGUUAAGAUUGGCGUUAUGGAAUCAGAAGACAAAACCAAUAUCUUAUAUUCUAAUGAAAAAAAUAAUGGUUCAAAAGCUAAUGUUAAUAGUACUGUUAAUAUAAGACAAAUUGAAACCGCAACUUAUACAACAAAUAGAGCUUAUGAUACAAGAAUGGUUUCGGAACUUACUCAAACAACCACCACAGAUCUAAAUCUGAGUCCAGCACAGAAUUCGACAUUGCAACCUGAUAUUAAUAUUAUGGAAAAAGACGCCAGUAUGUUCUUAACACAAAACGAGGUUACAAAUAACAAAAAUAUUCUCACAAACAUUGAUAUAAAUUCUCAAAAGAAUAUCACGCAAACAAGUACAAAAGAAAAAUUGGACGAUUACCAAAUUAUAGGAAUCAAUGAAAACCAAGAAGUGGCGGAAAAUAUUUACCACGAUAAUGUUGACAUCGCUUAUAGUCAAAACAUAUCUAAUACAAUAACAACUUCGCCAAUCCCUAAAGUUAUAUUAAGAGUGGCACCUGGCAAACCUGUAAAUCAAACUGUUAUAGAAACUAUAUCAGAAGAUUAUACUGAAAGCGAAAUUCAUCGUUCAGUUUCAAGAAUUCAAAAUAUGACUCACAAAAUCAAUGCGAGUUAUGAUAUAUCUCAAAACAUCACUACUAGUAUUGAUGAAGUCAAAAAACUAUCUAGUUAUACAAUUUCAUCGCAAACUAAGUCAGUUAGCCACCAACCAACUCAAGGUCUUAAAGAAGUGCGUAGUAGCGGAGCAACAAUUUCAAAAUUAUUUGAGAAAGAUAAAAUUGAAAAAGUGAAUUUUGACUGUCUCUAUCGUUUUCGUGGAAGAUACGCUGAUAAUGAAAACUGCAGAAGAUUUUAUAUUUGUAUAGGAAGACAGUAUCCAAUAGUGGGAAUGUGCCCUGUUGAUACGGUUUUCAGUGAAUUUAGAAAACAAUGUACCAAUAACUUAUCGCACUGCGUUCGAAAUUACGUAUUUUACUGUACCUCGGAGGGCAGAUUCAGUGACAUUUUUAAUAAUAAUAUGUACUACAUAUGUGUUAAGAACAAUGAUAACAAAUUUAUUCGAUAUAAACUACAGUGUGAAAAUGGGUAUUAUUUAAAUAAAGCUUCUUACCAUUGCACUCCGAACGCAAUAGUAAAGCCGCAGUCGACGCUACUGGAAAGUGACAAAUCUCAGAUAAGCAGUGAUACGAGUGUCAGCCUAACAAAUUCUAACGAAUCUCGAAAAAUAAAGAAAGGCGAUGAUUUAAAAUGUGAAAAAGAAGGUAAAUUUCCUGAUCCGAAUAAUUGCACAAAAUAUUAUGUAUGUUCUAAGCAUAAAUCAUCUUUUAAAAAGAAAGUCAAAUCAUGUGAUAGUGACGAAGUGUUUGAUAAACAUAAAGAGAAGUGCGUAGACGCUGAAAGCUAUGAGUGUUAAUUUUUCUAUAUUAAUCUGUAAACAAGAAUGUUUUACAUGAUUUGUUAAAUUAAAAUUAUGAACACUAAAAAGUUA